UCGGUCUGCAGAGAGAUGGAGGGAAGAGAGGAAGAGGAGGGGAAGAUUACAGCUGUGAUAGAGGAAGAGGGAGGUGAAGAAAAGGAGGAAGAAGAAGAGGGAUCAGCUGCAGAGAGAGGAGAAGAUGAUUGUGAUGAUGAUGAGGAAGAAGAUGGUGGUGAUGAUGGGGAUGAGGAAGAAGAUGAUGGUGAUGCUGACCAAGAUGCUGCAGUGAUGAAGGAGAAGAAGACCAAACGGAAAGCCGUUGGAGUGGCUUCCUGUGCAGACAGGAAGUGUAUUCCAGGUAUCCUCUACCUGGGUCACGUUCCCCCGAGGUUCCGGCCCAAACACCUGAGGAACCUUCUGUCAGCGUACGGAGAGAUCGGACGCAUCUUCCUACAGCCUGAAGACGGCCUGGUGAGGCGGAGGAAGAAGAAGUCCGGGUUGAGGAGGUGUGACUUCACCGAAGGAUGGGUGGAGUUCAGAGAUAAACGAGUGGCGAAGAGAGUGGCGGCGUCUCUGAACAACACGCCGAUGGGAACCCGGAAACGCCAGCGCUUCUCCUCCGACCUCUGGUCCAUCAAGUACCUGCACAGGUUCCAGUGGACUCACCUGAGCGAGCGCUUGGCCUACGAGCAGACGGUCCUGCAGCAGAGACUCAGGACCGAAGUGUCUCAGGCCAAGAGAGAAACUAACUUCUACCUGAACAACGUGGAUAAGAGCGCUCACAUGGACACCGUGAGGAGGAAGAGACAGAAAGACGGACAACAGGUGGACGAGCGGACGUGGGACUUCACGCAGCGUCAGACAGAGGAGGAGAUCCAGACGAAGAAGAAGAAGAAGAGAGACUCCGUUACCCAGAAGCACCUCAGCAAGGCCCGCCUCAUACAGCAGAAGAGCCAAUCAAAUGUCUCGCUACUUGCCAAGAUUUUCAACUCCAAAAAAUCAGAGUGACAGCAGAGAGACAGCCGAUUGGCUGUUGGACUCGAUGGUUUCGAUGGAAACAGGGAGCAGAUUGUGAUGAACUGGUGACAUGCUAUAACCCUUUACCAACCAAUCACAGGCCAGUCUGAGUAGGGGGCGGAGCCAUUUGAAUUCUGAUUCGCCGCUUGAGUUAGUUUAGUCAUCUAUUCCCGCCUUAACAAGCUCGUUAAAGCCUUUAAGUUUGUUUUUGCAGUUUUUCCGCAAUAAUUUAAUUCAAUAAUUACCUUUCAGCAUAUUGUAAUUGAAGUGUUCUGAGAGAAAACUAGACUUCUGCACCUCCUCUUGGCUCUGUUUUUAGUCUUUAGAUAAACUGUCCUGUGACGGGAGACUUUGGCCAAUCACAGGUCAUUUCCGGAGAGAGAGCGUUCCUAUUGGCUGUUCUGCAUUGCCCGUGCCACGUGCAACAAAGAGGAGGAGAGGGAGAGAGCUGCAAGAAGAGGUUUCACUCUACUUCAAAUUCUGGUCUUUUGUUUUUGCCGCUUUACGUCUUCUGUGACCCACUCAACGA